AUGUUUGGUACGCUAGUUACUGGCGAUUUCGACGCCGGAACUCUCGAGUUUGUCGAGAACCCCGAUCACGCUUCGGCUGUUCGAUGCUCUGGAGGACGACAAAGUUGCCAGAGAUGCGUCGCGAUGGGCCUCGAGUGUGUUUAUCCUCAGAGCCAGAGCCGUGCAAAGAAGCAAGAACAAAUUAAAAACCCUAAAAUUAGCAAGGACCGCAACGCGAACAUGUUCACCAGGAUCGCCAGCUCCGAUGCUGAGCUUGCAGAAGUCGAAUCACAGCGAAAGUACAGCGAUGCUCUGCCAUUAGACGGAGUAAAGAGUAUGGGUUUUGAUGAUGGAUACAUUGACGAGUCCCUGUUCAAUUCCUGGAUCAUGGACACUCCCAUGCAAAGCCAGGCCGAUGCGGACUUUAGCCCCAGUAGCAGCGCUUCAUCUUCCAAUGACUUUAAUUUUGCAAGAAGCAUGUCUCCGUUAUCCACAGGUCGUCGCAGCAUUGCGAGCCAAUCAUCCAGGCCCUCCGCAGGAAGCAACUUACUAGCAGAACUCUCACGACAGCCAUCGAGUCAAAAUAUGAAGAUUCAAGAACCGAAGAUGUCGGGGCAAACACAACGGUCGACACCUGUGUCUAUGAACCUUGACGACGAGCUACCCUCAUCCACAGAGGCGACGCCUUCUUGGGGCGAGAGUAGGAACAACUCAGAGGCAUGCUCAUGCUUAGUUGGCUCUAUCUCGUUUCUCGAAAAGCUGGUAUCCAAAUCUGCUUCCAGUGAGGGCCGAAUCGAUGUACUGCUGGCCGAGGUCCGUCAGUCUAUGGAAACAAUGGUUCGAUUUAUAGAGUGUGAGCGUUGCGAGACAAGAGUAGAGCAGAGCAUGUUGCUUGCCAUGGCCACUCGACAAAUAAGCAUACUCUGCAAGAAGUUGGCCGACUGCUACAGGGAAGUCAAGCUGAGCCGCGAGACAGAGGCUCGGAGUGCAACGGGAUCUAACGACAUUUCGAUUCUGGGUUACCGCGCCAGCCAACGCGAGAGGCUUUAUCUGGUCAAGGGGUUGGUUACGCUACAAUUAGCGGAUUUUCAGAAAGUCAUUGCGGCUGUCAAGUCGCGGUAUCGCCAGCGGCCAGACCAGGCACAGGUCGAUGCACUGACGGAGGCGACGACGCAGCUAGAGCUGGCUCAUGCGAUUGUGAAUACGCUGUAG